AUGAGGCUGAAGAAGGCGAGGCUGAGUGGGAAAGCGCCGGGAACCUUGGUAACGCGCGCGGGUACUGCACGUUAACUGCGCGUGUGGCGUCUGAGCAAGAGAAAGUUGUGACUUGAGUUUCGCGGAUCCGUGUUGGUUGCUGUUUCCCGAAAUGAAGAUCGAGGAGGUGAAAAGCACCUCGAAAACUCAGCGCAUCGCCGCUCACAGCCAUGUCAAGGGGCUGGGGUUGGACGAGAGCGGGGCGGCCAAGCCAGCAGCUGCCGGGCUGGUCGGACAGGAAAACGCACGAGAGGCUUGUGGUAUUAUUGUGGAGUUGAUCAAAAGCAAGAAGAUGGCUGGCAGAGCUGUAUUACUGGCAGGACCUCCUGGGACUGGAAAGACAGCUUUGGCUUUAGCUAUUGCUCAGGAGUUGGGUAGUAAAGUUCCCUUUUGUCCUAUGGUUGGAAGUGAGGUGUACUCUACAGAAAUUAAGAAAACAGAAGUCUUGAUGGAAAAUUUCAGAAGAGCUAUUGGGUUGAGAAUAAAAGAAACCAAGGAAGUUUAUGAAGGUGAAGUCACAGAAUUAACACCAUGUGAGACAGAGAACCCUAUGGGAGGAUAUGGCAAAACCAUUAGCCAUGUCAUUAUAGGACUGAAAACUGCUAAAGGAACAAAACAACUGAAGUUAGACCCCAGCAUCUUUGAAAGUCUGCAAAAGGAAAGAGUGGAAGCUGGCGAUGUGAUUUACAUUGAAGCAAACAGUGGCGCUGUCAAGAGGCAAGGCAGAUGUGACACCUACGCAACAGAAUUUGACCUUGAGGCUGAAGAAUAUGUGCCCUUGCCAAAGGGUGAUGUCCACAAGAAGAAAGAAAUUAUUCAAGAUGUCACCCUUCAUGACUUGGAUGUGGCCAAUGCCAGGCCUCAGGGUGGGCAGGACAUUCUCUCCAUGAUGGGGCAGUUGAUGAAGCCUAAGAAAACCGAAAUCACAGACAAGCUCCGAGGAGAGAUCAACAAGGUGGUAAAUAAAUACAUUGAUCAAGGCAUUGCUGAGCUAGUCCCUGGUGUGCUCUUUGUGGAUGAGGUUCACAUGUUGGAUAUUGAGUGCUUCACAUAUUUGCACCGAGCACUGGAAUCUUCUAUUGCUCCGAUUGUCAUCUUUGCUUCCAACCGGGGGAACUGUGUAAUCAGGGGUACAGAAGAUAUAAUCUCUCCUCAUGGAAUACCUCUGGACCUUCUGGACAGGGUGAUGAUAAUUAGGACCAUGCUGUAUACUCCACAAGAAAUGAAACAGAUCAUAAAGCUUCGUGCCCAGACAGAAAGUAUUAAUAUUAGUGAGGAAGCAUUAAAUCAUCUUGGAGAAAUUGGCACCAAAACAACUUUAAGGUAUGCUGUGCAGUUGCUCACUCCAGCCAAUCUGCUAGCAAAGAUAAAUGGUAAAGACAGCAUAGAAAAGGAGCAUGUUGAAGAAAUAAAUGAACUCUUCUAUGAUGCCAAAUCAUCAGCAAAAAUCCUGGCUGAUCAACAGGAGAAAUACAUGAAGUGAAGCUGUUUGUUCCCCUUUUGUAGUCUUAAGAGCCUCGUUUUAACCCUCUCCAAGUACUUGAAAGAAAAACAAGCAGUUUUGGACUGAGAAGUACAUGAAUACAAAAAAACACUUCCACACCGGGAUGUAGAAUUACCUGUAUUCCUGCUUCAUGUAGACGAUGGGAUGGAACACAGUGAUCUCUCACUUCAGUCCCUCAGUGGUUCCAACACUGUAUUCCUGUAUGAUGAGGGUGCAGAUUGGCACAGCCUUGUGUUAUUCUUUUAGAUUUGAUUGCUAAAUUGCUUAGAGCUGAGCAGGAUGACUGUCUGUUUCUUUUCUGGAUUUUGUUUUUAAAGUAACUAGGGAGAGGAUGGAAAUUUAAAAAAAAGUUUUACUAACAA